AUUGUAGUAUUUAAAGUAGGAGUAGUAAGGUUGACUACUGUUUAGUGGUAUUUAAAGUAGUAUUUAAAAGUACCAUGUCGUACUGUGAUAUGACUCUUACAGUCAACUUUGAUGGUAAAUAACUUGACUUUGGUGCAUAAUGCCAGACCCAGACCAGUGUCUCCUUGUUCUGCCAGACCCAGACCAGGUCUGAAACGGUGUUCUACUAAUUUGACUCUACUACUACGGUGUUCUACUAAUUUGAGGAAGUGCCAGUUUGAGGAAGUAUUUUUAUCAAAGGUCAAAGAUCAGCCAUUGGUUUCAAGGUUGUUAAUAGUAAUAAAUAGUAAUAAUAAUAAUGAUUAUUCCAAAGCAAUGCAGUGAUAUGGGUUCAUAUUUGCUGUGGUAGUAGUCUUUGAAGUACUAAGUAGUAAUGUGAAGGAACAGUGUUCUACUAAUUUGAGGGAGUCGUUUUAUGAAAGGUCAAACUUCAGCUAUUGGUUUCAAGGCUGUUUAUUGUAAAAAAGUUUAGUAAUGAAUGAUUCCAAAACAAUGCAGUAAUAUGAGUUCAUAUUUACUGUGGUAGUAGUACAUAAAGUACUAAGUAGUGCUGUGAAGGAUUGAUGUUUUACUUAAGAUGAGGAACUUAUUUUAUUCAAAGACAAGUUUUUGAAUAAAGGCCAUUUGUAUUUUUUUUACAUUUCAUCUGUAACUGUAAAUAUCACUUCUGAUAUUUUGCAGUUUACCGUAAGUUUCCAUAGGACGUUAGGUCUAAUAUCAUCUCCAUUGUUCACUACAGUGAGUCUUUUGGCACUCGCGCACUUCAACUAUAGCGACGGCUAAUUUGAUCACGGAAAAGCAAACAACGGCUCAUUGACCGCGGUCGUUCGGUCACCAGUUAACGCGGAUACUCUUAAAUUCGAAACACCGCUGUCUAAAGUCCAUCCAUAUGUUAGAAAAACACAUACGGCCUAUUAAAUGUGGCAGGUGCGCAGGGUCGAUGUAAAAACUUUAAACUGCAUUUAGUGACCACACAACAACCUCAGCAGUUAACUUUAGCUCUUUGUGUUAGGUCCACACAAAUCAGGCGGAACAAGAAAAUGUAGAAAACUUCCGGGUAUGAGCUCUGCAUUUGGCUUUAGGCUGUUCCUCACUUAUAAAACAAGAACGAGCAAGCGAAUUCAAAUGCGACGAAAUGUAUAAUAGCAAACAUGGAACACAAGUGAAAAGAAACAUAACGCGUAUUUCUAAAUAAAUAUCAAUCAGUGUAUGUUUAGAUAUUAAAAAUGUGACUUAGAAUAAAGUCAGACAUUCCGAAUUAAAAAGCUUUAUCUUUAGUAAAAAAAAGACCUUCAAAUAAAAUGAACUAGAGAGAGAAGGAUUCGUGUCCACGAAACGUCAUGUUGUUAAUCCGACACCUGAACCAAUUAGAUAAGGUGAGCGCCGGGCGUUUCCCGUCAUGCUCUGGGGUUGUGCUGUAGGUGCGGAGGCGGAACCUGGCGCCUGAAACUGCUAUCGCCUCGGUUUCACGAGGUCAUCGUUGAUUACAUAGGCAGUUCUGAGUGAUUCUUGACGUCAGAGCAAGUUGAAGAGAGACCUAACCUGUCUGUUCACCUGGAACGAGCCUCGGUAGGAGGAUGUAGUUAGGGCGCGUUGCGCAGGUAGUUUUCAGUGUCGGCCAUUCUGGGAAACAUGGGAAAAGUCCAGGAGUUCGAGAUCACGUUUGACCAAAACAAAGACACGUACAGUCCAGGCGACUCCAUCACCGGGACCGUGACCAUUAAGCUAAACCAGCCGCUGCCGUGUAAAGCCAUUAAAGUGAACUGCAAUGGUUUCUGUGGCAUCAGCAGCAAGGCACAGGACACUGCAUGGACAACAGAGGAGCAGUACUUUAACAGCACCACCUCUGUCGCAGACAAAGGAACCAUGAAACAGGGAGAACACACGUUUCCCUUCAAGUUUCUCAUACCAGCAUCUGCUCCAACAUCUUUUGAAGGCAACUAUGGUAGAAUCAUCUAUAGAGUGAGAGCCUUUAUUGACACGCCACGAUUUUCCAAAGACUACAGCACAGAAAAAUAUUUCUACCUGCUGAGCCUUCUGAAUCUGAAUGAAGUCCCAGACAUAUGGGGGCCGUGUUCAUCUGCAGUUACACAGCAAUUCACCUACAUGCUGAUGAAAACUGGCACAGUGGUGAUGAAGGCCCAGACUGAUAUGAAGGGUUACACCCCAGGCCAGGUCAUCCAGGUAACAGUCAGCAUCUACAACCAAUCUGGAAAAAACACAGGCAACAUGGGCGCCAGCCUGAUGCAGAGGGUGACCUAUGAGACAAAGAGGCCCACGUAUGAUCUAAGGAUGAUCGCAGAUGUGGAGGGAGGUGUGGUUAAGGCCGGCAAAGAGGCGGAGUGGAAGGAACAGAUCAUCGUUCCUGCUCUUCCUCAGUCAUCUCUCGCUGGAUGUGAUCUUAUAAAAAUUGAAUAUUAUGUUAAAGUCUGUCUAAAGUCUCCAGAUGUCAUGCUGACCCUACCCAUCCAUAUUGGGAACGUCUCACUUGAUAAAAAACGACACCCUUCCAAAAAAGCUCAUCUUUCCUUCUCUGAUUGUGCUGAAAAUACAGCAGCAUGUGUUUUCCCCCCAGACAAUGCCACCUCUGCCACUACUCCCCCCCUGACCUCUAGAAGUACUCCAAAACCUGCCCCCCGUUCUGCUCCUCGCUCCAGGAUGUCUUCUCUUAUUUCUCCCAGUGCUCCUCCAGCUGACUACCCUAAAGAACAUGGUGGGAGUACCACAGAUGGCAGCUUUCCCAGCAAGCGCCAGUCUCAGUUGGUUUCACCCAGUGCUUUCAGCUAUGCUCCAGGUCUCUCCUUCACCCAGACCCAGAAGGACAGUGGGCCUGUUAGACAGGCCUCAGCACCUUACCCCGCUGACAACAGCUGCAGCUCAAUACCAGCACCGCAUGCCAUGCCACAGGAAUACGUGUCAGGUUAUCCACAAGAUGCGCCUCCUUCUUAUGACGAGAGUUGCAACGCAUGAAGUAAAUCAAGCACCAGAACCCCUUCUCCCGAUGUAUGCUGGCACAAAGGAACACUUACAACAACCAGUCUGCUUCUGGAUCAUUUUAAUAGCACUUUAGGAAAUAGAUAGGCAAACCUAUAUUAAAGAAAGAUGCAUUUUAGCCUCCUUUUGUAUGUGUUGGCUGUCUUCACGCUAGGCAUUAGUUCUGUUUGAUUAAUUGUACUAUUUUGUUAUUAGGUUCACUAAAUCCGAAUCAAUCACACCCACAGAACUGUUUUACCGUUGUUUUACAACUGCUGUGUAGAUUUGAAUAAAUCAGUUUUACAUUAAGUUUUA